UGCGUGCGUGUGUUCAUUUAACUUGUCGUUUUUUCCACAAUUUUGCCGAUGCUGCUAUUUUGAAGUAAUUAACUCACUGAAAGCGGCUCGCUGCAGUUGUACAACCGCCGCCGGCAACGCCGCACGUACAGUCGUAUAGCGAGCGUCGUUCAAUACACAACGUGUUUGGUGUUUCGCUUUUGGUUUCGUGCUUAAUUGUGUCUGUGCGUGUGUGUGCUUAAUACAAUAUAUUCUUGGUAAAUUUCCACUGCGCACCGAACACACCGAUAGCAUCCGUGAUGGUAUUGACGAAUUUCGAGUGCUGGGCACAUGGUGAAUCUCCUGCUGUCAACUUCGAAAUUGAGCCAUCUCCGUCCCGCCAUUCACCUGUGGUGGAUCCAUUCAAUGCACGUGUCGUUUCCCACAUAGCAUCCGCUUCGAAUGGCUACUAUGGAUAUGCAAUAGUAAACAAUGCAGCUGCCGCCUCGGACAACAACAACAACAGUUGCAACAACAACAACGUACAGCCAAUGCAAAUGCAAGUAGGCGACGUAGGCGUCGCAGCCGACACUACGCAUGACGCUGCCGCAGCAGCGCGCUGCAAGAAGCGCUGCUUUACGAUGGGCCAUGAAAAGUUGGACAUGGAGAUGGACAACUUGACGGCCGUCAAGCGGUGCCGUUUUGAUGAUGCCGAUCUGGUAGCACAGUAUUGCAACGAUUUCUUCUCGCUGCCCGCCACACAAAUGAUUGGCACGCAGGCCUGCCUCAUGGACUACGAUUAUGAUGUGCAACAACAGCAGCAGCAGCAGCAGCAGCAACAACAGACGCAGCAGCAGCUGCAGCAUCCACGCAUUCAUCAACAUUAUCAAGACGGCCCACAACAAGAACAGCAGCAGCGACAACAAAAAUUAUGCAAUACCUUAGAGUCCAUAAAUGAUAUACUAGAUGCUAAAAGUGAAUCCAAAUUCACAGAUGAGGCAGCCGAUUUGUAUAUAGCCACACAUGGCGGUUGUCUUCAUCACUUCAAGCCGCUGCCGCUGUGCAGUUGCGUUGAUGCGGUCGAAGAGUUUGAAAUAUAACACUAAUUGUCUAUAUAUUAUACAUUUAUAUAGAAACUUAACUAACCAUAAUGCAUUGUAUAACGUAGCCUAAGUAAAUAGUAAGAUUUUGAACUUAACACAAAAUGGAUUUUUAUGCGAGUCCCAAAGGGUGCUUAGAUUUAUUGAAUGAAGUAUAAUAAAAGCUUUAAAACCGAUUAUUACGAA